CGCAGCGUACGGGUGAAUAGGAUCUUGCCGAUCCUUAAUCAACCGGAUAGCCUUCUACGUGUCCGAUCAUUAUGUGUUAUUAUAACAAGUUAUAAUACACACAUCAUUGUGUAAAAUAAUAAUGAAGCAAUUUUGACAAUGGGGUGGGUUGUGGGGUAAUGAGUAUGACAACAAAAGCAAACAAUGUGGCAUUUAUGACCAACAUGUGUACCUUUCUUUCAAUGUCCCCCUUUUACAAAUAAUUAUAGUAAAUUGCCGUCUCAUUUGUUUAAUUCCCCUUACAAAAUUCCUUUUAAUGAGAAUCAAUCAAUUGUUGUACGUAUAAAGUAUGAACAAAGGGUUCAAAAUUAAUAAUUUGGUCCAUUAUUGAUAAAACCAUGUUUGUUGUUAUUGGCUUUGGGAUUGGAAGCAGUGAUGGCAAAGGACGGUCGAAUAUCUUAAUACCCAUAUUUACUUUGUACCAAGCGUAAGUCGGGUAAGCCGAUUCAUUCUUAUAUGUUAUUUGCAAAAAAAAAUAUGUAAAAUUUUGAUUUUUACGAUAAAACGAAGGGAAAACACUUUAUAAAUGAGAAAUAGUGAUAAUAGAAUGGAUAAUUGUGUCUAACUAGUUAAAUAAUCAAAUCCAACUAGUUGAAAAAAAGGUAAAAAUAGAAGAAAUAUGAAGAUAUAUUAUAAGAAAUUGAGAUAGUUUGAGCCAAGAACGGGACAGGGAGAGGUGAAAGUAGAUACCCAAGGCUGCCCCCAGCUACUAAGAGUCGGGUAAUACCCAACGAGAUGGGUUUAAAUUGUCAUCCAGAAUUGUUAGUUGUGAAGGAGAUGCAUAAUUGGUAGUUCAUGGCAUGUUUGGUAUUAAUGGGAAAUCGGUCUUGUGACGGUUCAGGGAGUGUGCGGCUGCGGGUGGGAUGUAGCUAGGGGUGUGCAUGGAUCGGGUGGUAUUGGUUUAACCAUUUUAAUCACCCGACCCAUGCACUACUAUUUGGGAAAUAUUAAACUCAAACUCACCAAAAAAAAUUAAAAUCCUACUGUUUGUUUCUAAUUGGGUUGGGUGGGGUUGGCGAUAUUUUUUAAGUAAAAACUCAACCGACACAAUAUAUGUAAUUAUUCUAUACCAUAAAAAUAUUUCAUAACUAAUUAAAAUUUCAACGAAUAAACCGAGGUGAAAGGUAUCAAAAUUCACAAAUGUUGUUUAAAUUUUAAUAAAAUGUGAUUUACUUCAACAUAUGUCUAGUUUUUUUCAUGAUAUUUGUUAAAAUAGGCUAAAUAUGUUAUAAACGAACGCAUCAAUAAUAUGUUAUUCUAUUAAAAUUGUACACAAGAAAAAGGAUUACGUGAAUCAUAGCUAUAUUAAAUCUAUGUCUAUAUUUUAAGCCGAAAAAUGCAUUAGAUUAGGGAGACCAUGAGAGAAAAACAUGGCAAAAUAUCUUAAUUUUCUCAUAAGUAUGGUAAAUACGAGAUAAAUAUUUUUUUGGAUACGAACUCAUACCAAUAGUUGGAACACGGGUUGGGUCGGGUUCUACGGGUUGUGUAAUCUAAAAUCCAAACUCAACCCAAAAGAGGCGGGUUGUACAAAAGAAAAUCCUCACCCAACCCAAAAUCUUAGAUUUUGUGAUAAAUACGGAUGGGUUGGGUUGGGUUGGGUCGGGUUGGACGGGUGGAUCGAUUUGCGGGUGUGUUUGUUCAACCCUAGAUGUAAGGGCUGAGGGGGGAGUGGUUUGCGUCAAGGGAGUUGGUUGGAUUUAUUUGUUCGAUUUAUCUGUUCGGUAUUCACAAUUUCGAUUCGGUCUAUACGAUCCUGAAUUCCGAAUUACCUUUGAAUGCCGAUCUGAAUAACAUUAAAAAUUUGGUUUUGAACGGUUCGGUUCGAAAUGCAAACCCAAUCCGGAUGCUCACCCCUAGUCACAACUCACAAUACUCCACCACCUCCAUCUCAGUGGCUCCCUAAUUUGACAACAAAUUUCAAGGCCCAGCUUGUCAAACCUGCUCCUUCAAUUGUCUGCCGUCGGGCCUACGAUCCAUUGCGUCAAUGGACUGGGCAGUCGUCGGCCCAUAUUCAAAGCCUUUUCCUUAGAAAAAGUUAAGGACCAGACUUGUGACAUUUUGACUGUCCAGACUCCAGAGUCCAGACUGUGUGGUUAGCACUUAGCUGUAGCUCCGAAGUCCAUACUGAGACGACACUGGAACGAACGAUCGCCUGAUCGGAGAUUUCAAGGACGGCGGAGUCAAUGGCGUCGCUGCUUCCGGCCGUCAUCCUCCUCCUCACGUUUGCAGCUGUUUCCGCCGUCGACGACAAGUGCGCCGCUUGCAAUGCCGUCGCGGCGGAGUUGGAGAUUGGGCUGUCCAAUGAAAAGCCCAGGAAUCAUUUAGACAUGAGGAAUCGUUUGAACUCAAAAGGGCAACGUGAAGGAAAGGUAAUUGAUUACAGAGUCAGUGAGCUGAGAGUUGUUGAGCUUUUGGAUGGGCUUUGCGACAAGAUGCAAGGUUAUACACUUGAGAAGAUAGAUUCAGGCAGACGGGAGUGGAUCAAAGUAAAUGAUUGGGACACUUUGACGACGAACAAGCAAGAAGCUCGAGCGUAUUCAAAACAGAUGUCAUCUUAUUGUGGAAGGUUACUCGAGCAAACUGAAGAUGAGUUGACAGAGUUGAUCAAGAAAGGAUCGGUUACCGUAGGAGGAGUGAGCAAGGUUCUGUGCCAAGAGUUAAGCAAACACUGCCAAUCAAGUGGUUCUCAUCAGGCUGAUGUUGAUGGUCACGACGAAAAUGAGGAGCUCUGAGUUUGUUUUGGGUCCAUUAACACCAGAAGGACUAUAGCUCGAGACGUGAAAGAUAUAGAAAGGCAACUUGGCAGAAGAAACUGACAUUUGGCUUGGCAUGGUUGCCUUGUUCGCGAAGCUUAGAUACCAUCCAUAGAGUUUGUAACUUGAAACAGAAAUUCGGCUUCCCUGGCUCUCUUUUGUCCACUAAUUUGUUUCAGCUGAUGAUUUGUCAUACUUGAGCUUAAUGCUUUCCUUGGAAGAGAACAUGAAGUUGGAUAAUUAUGACAACAGUACGGAAUUCAACAGGUUGUCCUUUUGGAUAAAUUCUUCAUUGGUCU